GAAGAUAACGACAGAAUUUUUACGUAAAAAUGUUGAGGAAAUUAUAUGAGACACUCCCCAAAAAAUUGUAAUCGAAAGCAGUUAUAUGUUAGUUUACAUGCACGAACAAAACAAUGGUAAAUCAAGCCGCAAGUUGUAAUUAGCAAUUAAAAAAUGAAAAAAAGAACAAAAAAUCAAUAGGUGACCAUAUUUGUGUAUAUGUGGUGUGGCGGUAAAUUUAAAUGAUAAAAAAUAUUUUCGGCUAGAAAUAGCUAAAAUCAAACACGCUAGUUUGUAAGGUUUGAAGAGUUUAUGAAAUACAGUGUAGUGUAUUAAGUGAUUAUAAUUGUGCCAGAAUGGAGCCCGCGGCGCCCGGGACCGAAGACGAUGUUCCAUUAUCCAUUGGACUUAACAAACAGGCUGACGAACAGCAGCGUUUGUUAAGUCUGAAGGCGUUCCUGCCGAGCGGUCAGUACGGCAAGGUGUUCGAGCUGAGCUACGUGAAUGGAUGCGAGAAUUGGUACUGUAACGCGUGCAAGUGUCCGAUCACCGGCCGCGCAUAUUUGCACGAGAUGGGCAAGAGGCAUUGCAUCAAUGUAUCGCGGGGCGUUGUACCGAGCCAGGAGGCACCGCCGACCUCCGUCGGACAUUCGGACGGCGAUGACGGCGGGGCGUCGUCGUUGCAGAUUGCUCCCGGCGAACCCCUGCCCCCCGGGUUUGAGGGACAGGUCGAGGAGAUCGCUCACAUCCAGGAAAAGAUCGAUAAUUUUAAAUCCACACCGCUAGUUGCAUUGGAGUAUUUGUUGGAGAUGCAAUUUUACGAUCCAUCUAAAGAACCUCUAUAUUUGUGUGUAUUGUGUGACAAAAAGGGAGAUCCUCGAACCGUUUGGACACAUUUAUCCAGUUAUAACCACGUACAACAAUACCUACAAAAACAUUUUCCCACUUGCUAUCGCAAACUAGCACCGUACAUGACCAAGCAAUACAAACGUGGCUGUCAACGAGUCCUAUUAAACAUCGCGGAAGCGAUAGAACAAAAAUUUGGUCGUCUUAAACCGAUGCCCAUAGAUAAGGAUAAAUUCGACGCCGAUAUGGCGCAUUAUCUUAGCAUUGUGUGCAAAAGUCGCCACUUCAGUGAAAAAUCAGGCUACACGUUCGAGGAGCUCGUCAAUAUGGAAGAACUUUCCAAGGUGACGUACGAAGUGGAAGCCCCACCGGAUUUACAUUCGAUGGGACCGGGUGUGUCGUCCAUCAGCAAGCCCUUCAAGAAGAGGAGUCCUUCGCCGCCUGUUGUGGCGCGACCGACAAAGAAAAAUAAGGGUCCGAUGGCUGGUGGGUCACAGGGUAACGGUAUGAACAGAUUUAGGGACGAUUAUCAACGGCCCGACUUGAGGAAGCAACGUAGGCGAUCUUUGAGUAGUGUAUCGAGUAUUUCAAGUAACGAUUUGAGCGAUCGGGAAAGCGAUCGAUCCAGUUAUCGACGACAGGACGAUAGGCGAAAGAAAUUCCCAAUAAGAAGUUACAGAUCUCCAGAAAGAAACUUUUACAGAAGAAAUGAGUUGGAAAGAAAAGACGGACCGAUGCCGUGGCAAAAGUCUAAUUACAUGCGUCGACAAGAUAAAGUCAGAGAUGACGCAGACAAAAACCGUGACAAAGCUGAAGAAUAUAAAAAAUUGGCUCGUGCCAUCGAAACGGACAUGGCCAAAACUUUGUCGCAUCACGAGAAGAAUCCCGAGAAACAUCCUCAAUAUAACGAGGAGUGGAAGAAGUUCUGGAACAAGCGGUACAAGGAGUUACAGGCAGAGGGCAAAGAUGCAGCCAAUUAUGAUUUCAAACCUGAGUGGAUACAAUUUUGGAACAAACGAAUGGUUGAGCUACAUCAGGAGGAUAUUAAAAGUAGAAAAGAUGCUCUAAGAAAAAGAUUGGGAUUACCAGAAGAACCGACUCCUAUUUCCUUCCGCAUUGCCGGAAAAGGGAAGAUCGACAACAUGAAAAAAAGUCCGAAUUCCAAUAAACCAGUACCAAUGGCUGCAAGACCGGACGAAAGUUUAGAAGACGACGUGAUCUUCGUCAACGAGGAUAAAGCUAAAAAUAAAUAUCGCGAUGACAAACGCCGCUCCCAAAGUCCCUGGGAGGACGAAGUGUCGCCCGUUAAGGUGAGAGAGGACAGGAUGUCUCGUGACAGGAGAUCCAAAGAUUCGAGCCCGAGAGAUAGGAGGAGAAGCAGUUCGAAAAGGCGAUCGAGAUCCAGGUCGAGAGAUCGAUCCAGGGAUCGUUACCAAAGGCGAUCCCGGUCCAGAGACGGACCGUCUAAGUCCAGAGAAAGGUCCAGGGAUCGAGAAUUUAGAUACCGAGAGAGUUCCUAUGAAAGAGAUGUGCGUGGUAAGGAAAGGAUUCGGACGGUUGCCGAUCUGCCUUGGGAACGCGAGAAGUACUAUUACAAACCGCCGGCGGUUAUGAGAGAUGUUACAAGAAAUCCAGUGAUUAUACCUCCCGUUUCGGUACCAGAAGACGAUGACGUAGAUGAGGAAGUCAACUUGGUGUCUGUUUUAAGAUUACUGACGGCUGUGGAAGAACGUUUAGGUUCUUUGGGCCCCAAAGUUAUCGACCUUUUAGCUCAAGCUUUAGCAAUGGAAAAAAUCGAAGCAAACAGUUCCGAAAACCUGCUCGACAACGACAUUAAUUGUGUCCUUUUCGAAACGGUUAAGGAAAAACUUAAAGGACAAGUCCUUGCAGGACUAGUAGAUCCGAUUCAAGAACGAGCUUUCAAAAAAGCGAUCAAGAAAACGGCCAGUCUUCUUCACAUGGCGGGCCAAAGACAGAAGAGUCAACCGAAGUCAUCUCAGAAACUCGAACCGGUAAGUGUACCAGGCGUGGGAGAAGUGGACAAAGCAGCUAUCGCGAAACAAAUCGCCAGCGCUUUGAUUGCGCAAGGCAAGACCGACGUGACGCAAGAUCAGCUCGAGCAGUUGAUUAACGCGGUGGUAGGAAUGGCGGAAGCGUCUAAAAAGGCCGGUAAACCUAUCAGCACGGCGAAUUUCUUGGGUCAGCUCGCGGAGGAGGAAGAGAAAUCUUCUAUCAAAGAUAAAGACGAUUCGACCAGCCUGGAUAGAAUUACAGAGCCGUUGACUCCUAGUCCAAAGUCGAGUCACAAUAUGGAUCAUCUUUCGGACUCAGAUUUGCAAACACUGUUACAAAAUUUCAAAGAUUUACAAACGGAAGAACAACACGGGUUGAUUAGUUAUUUGAAGAAGUUAGAGGCAUUCGAACCUGAUCGUGUGGAAAGACUGAGGAAAUUUGUAAAUUUGAAAACUAGCUCGGAACCAGAAAAGACGGAAAAACCAAAACAAGUUAUCGAUAUACCGGACACUGAAGACAUAGACGAUUUCGAAGAUGACGAGGUGUUAAACAAAUCUAGUAACUCGGGACGAGAGAGUCCCUUUUCCAAACGAUUAGGAAGUGUUAACCCAACAGCUGAUGAAAAAAAGGAGACUGCAAAGAUUCAGUUUGAUUCCGAAGAUGAGGAUUACAAUUUUGAGGACGUGGUUAAAGCCGUGUCCAAGAAUGUCAAGGCAAAAGAGUUGGAGAAGGAACGACAAUUGGUGGAAGAAAGCAUGAAGAAAACUAAAAAUGUGGAAUUGGUAGAUGCGAAGUCUAUAAUUUCCAAUCUGAUGAGCAACUUUAACAAAAAUAAACCAGUUAGUUCUAACUUGUUAGGUUUAGGUACUAGUACAAGUACUAUAACUACAGCUCCUUCUCUGACGUCAAACCUAGAUCUAAGUAGUAUUCACAAUAUUAACAUGGCAAACAUCGCUAACAUCGUAGGCAACGCCCAGAAACUCAUGCAAGAAAACCGAAAGGACGAGUUCAAAGAAGACUUCCCACCCCUUUCUACCGACAGGCUCGAUUUCGAUUCAGAUCAGAAACCCGCUUCCAAAGUAAAAAUCACCUCAAAUAUAGUUUUGAACCGUAUAGAUCGUUCAAAUACGAACACUCAACAGAACUUAGGCUCCAGCAGGUCGAAUUUCGAAACGAAUCGAAGUGAUUCAGUGACCAGUCGCCCAAUGGGUUUGAACUUAAAUUUAAAUCCUCAAAUGCAUAACAUGAGCUCCUCAGCUCAACAGAGCAUAAAUCCAGGAAUGCACAACUCCCAAAUGAAUACAAUGCAACAACACACGUCAGACAUCAAUCGUGUGGGACCGUGGAGCGCACCCAGGUCGAAUGUGAUGAACAGAACCGCUCCUCCCCGCGGAAACUACCCCGUCAACAAUUACGGGGGUAAUUUCGGUAGCAAUUAUCAGGCGCAGCCGAACGUUACGUAUCCGAAUAUACAAAAUAUGCCAAGAGGCGGCAAUCCGUACGAUCAGUGGCAGAGGUUUAACAAUCCCCGCUUUCAGGGGAAUCAGUACAAUCCGAGGCCGGGUGGAAAUUAUAACAAUAGGUGGUGAUUUAAUUGAGUGUGACAUUUGAUGUACUAAGAUAAUUUUAUAAUAAAACGUAUAUUAAAUUGUA